GCAGCUUGCCGCUUGACAGCAGGAGCCCAGCAGAGCUGCGCUGGGUGCCCCGGAACGCUGGGGCUCGGCGGCUGCGCCGCCCUCCCGGCCCCGCACGCCCGCUCCCUGGCGCAGGCUCCGCGGGCAGGCUCCGCUGUCUCUCUCUCCCUCUCCCUCAAAGGCAGGAAAUACUUUUCAGGCAAUCUGGGCCUGGUUGUUGAGGCCCCUUUCACAAAACAUCAGUCUGAAUUUAGUAGACAGAAGUCACUGGGAAAAGCUUGACAGGCUUGUGCUUAGCUCCGGCUCCCUCCAGCUGCAGAGGGUGUUUUUGUUCGAGUCACACAUGGAGCAAAACUGCUCGGAAUAGAGCCACGAGCUCACUGCAGCACUCUCGACUUUUGUGCUAGCAGGAGCUGACUGGCACUGGGCUCUUUUGUUUGUUUGUUUGCUCCUUCUUUUCAUGUGAUUCAUUGCCUUUGGUUUUAUUUUUCUCCUUUUAUCGACCAAAGGUUUUAGGGAGGUCAACUCUCUACUCCAUAUUCUCUUCGUCUGCUUAAGGCUGCCUUGGAAUCUUUCUGUACUUUAAACUAUCAAAAAAAAACCCCAAACAAACCGAAAACCAAACCUCAAAAGAAAAGGAAGGAAAAGGAAAACCAAAAAGAGAAAGAAGCAGGAUGCAGCAUUGGAGCUUUCUGCCUUCAGGAUCUCAGCACUAAAACCGGAGCUGUCACCAUGCUGUCGUCCUGCCCGGCCCGGUGCCCAGCAGCCAUGCCCGGCGCGGCGGCGGGGCGCGGCCGGUGCGCUGCAGCCCGCUGCUGAGGUGCGGUGCCAUGUCCGCGGCGCUCCGCAAGAAGAGCUGGGAAGAGCAUGUGAGCCAGUGGAUGGGCUCGGCGCUGGAGGCCGUGCAGCGCCAGGCGGCAUGUCGCCAUGGGCUGCCAGCUGAGGGCCCGCAGGCAGCCAUGGAGCGGGAGGCGGCUUCGAGCGCGGGCCGCAGACAGCACUGCGCUUCCUUCCCCGAGUGCUGCCCCGCCGCGCACCUGGGCAGCGCCGCCGCGGAGCUGGGCGACAGUGACAGCCACGGGGAGGAGGAGGCUUUCCUGGAGGCCAGCACGGAAACUCUGGUCCACGCGUCCGAUGAGGACGAGAAGCGUUCAGCGCUCAGCCUGGACGGGGUUGGUUACCACCACGCCGCUGCCGCAGCCACAGAACAAGAUGAAGAGGAGAGUUUCCGUGGAGCAGCCUCCUCGCCACAGGUGCCACUGACCACAGAGAGCAGGCAGGCAGCUGAAGCGUCCGAACUGAGUGGAGGCACAGGCGAGGCACCUGCCUGCGCCACGGCUCCUCCGCAGGGGCUGGAGGCUGGCGGUGCGCCUGGCAGCGCCGGCCAGGGCCUGGGGCUUUGCGGCGCCGGAGGCCUGGCUGCAGCGGUGGACGGCGAGAGGGAAACUCGUCCUGGCUCUCCCGGUGUGGCGCCGAGGCGGCCGCACGGCGCGGUCCUCGCACGGCAGAGCGCUGCCGCGGACGGGCCGGGGCGGGCCGAGCGCGGCCCGGCGCAGAGGGAGGCCGAGGCCCAGGCGCGCCCCAGCGCUGACCCGCGGCUGCCGCCAGCGCCGCGCUCCGCCGGCGGCCCGAGGGCCUCUGCUCCGGGCCCGGGCUGCCUGGCAGGCGGGAACGGGCCGGACGGGGGCGGCGUCGCAGAAGCUCAGGCGGCCCCUGAAAAGAAAAGCCUGUCGAGGGUCGGCUCGGCCGAAGACGUUCGGGACUGGGAUGCAGGCGGCGCUCUGCCCGGCGCGGAGCCCCCGGACAGCCCGGUGAGGCUGCGCAGGAGAAAGGAGGUGGCAGAGGACCGGGAUCGGUCCCGGCUGGAUUCCAUGGUGCUGCUGAUCAUGAAGCUGGACCAGCUGGACCAGGACAUCGAAAGUGCUCUCAGUGCAGGCUCCUCCCCGGCCAGCACCCCCACCUACAAGCGGAAGCAUGGGCCUGAUACUGAGUCUGGUUCUGAAAGUGGAGUGGAUGUGGCUGCAGCAGGUCACUCCCAAGCACUUUUGUCUCCUGGCACCCACUCUCCUGAUGCAGCAUCUCCCUGUCCAGCAGCCAGCUCAGGAGCUAAACCAAAGGCUGGGGCUGUGCCGGUGCUCCCAGAGAAGGAGAAGGCUGAAAUCGAGGCCAAGGAAGCCUGUGACUGGCUGCGGGCUGCUGGCUUCCCACAGUAUGCACAGCUCUACGAAGACCUCCUUUUCCCAAUCGACAUCGCCCUGGUCAAGCGUGAGCAUGACUUCCUGGACAGAGAUGCUAUUGAGGCCCUGUGCAGGCGCUUGAACACUUUAAACAAGUGUGCAGUCAUGAAGCUAGAAAUUAGUCCCCACAGGAAAAGGAGUGAAGACUCAGAUGAAGAUGAACCUUGUGCAAUAAGUGGCAAAUGGACUUUUCAGAGGGACAGCAAGAGGUGGUCGAGGCUGGAAGAGUUCGAUGUGUUCCCUCCAAAGCAGGACUUGCCUGCCCCCUGCGCGGAAGCUGCCCAGCUGAGCGCGGCGGCCAGCAGCGAGAGCGUGCUGACGGACCUCAGCGAGCGCCAGGAGGUGGCUUCCAUUCUGAGCCUCAGCAGCAGCCAGCAGCCCACCCUGCAGAGCGAGGCCUCCACUACCAGGACCAACUCAGUGGUGAGCGUUUGCUCAUCCAGCAAUGUGGCAGCCAACGAUGACUCGUUCAGCAGCUUGCCCUCGCCCAGGGAGCUGACUAACUUCAGCUUCAGCACGAAACCCACUGAGAAGAACACCAAGUCCAGAACCAAGAGCCUGCUCAAGAGAAUGGAGAGCCUGAAAAUCAAGAGCUCUCACCACAGCAAGAGCAAAGCUCCGUCGAAGCUCGGCCUCAUCAUUAGUGGGCCCAUCCUGCAGGAGAGCAUGGACGAGGACAAGCUGAAGCAGCUGAACUGCGUGGAGAUUUCUGCCCUCAACGGCAGCCACCUCAGCCUGCCCAUGGUCCGGAAGAGGAGCGUCUCCAACUCCACCCAGACCAGCAGCAGCAGCAGCCAGUCCGAGACCAGCAGCGCCGUCAGCACGCCCAGCCCCGUCACACGCACCCGCAGCCUCAGCGCCUACAACAAGAGGGUGGGCAUGUACCUGGAGGGCUUCGACCCCUUCAGCCAGUGCACCUUCGGCGACGUGCUGGAGCAGAACUUCCGCAACCGCGGCAGCCUUGCGGAGGACACCGUCUUCUUCAUCCCCGAGGACCACAAGCCCGGCACCUUUCCCAAGGCGCUCUCCAACGGCAGCUUCAGCCCCACCGAAGGCAGCAGCUCGGUGAACUGGAGGACAGGGAGCUUCCACGGGCACGGCCACCUCAGCCUCCGCAGGGAGAACAGCGGGGACAGCUCCAAAGAGCUGGGCGCGGGCAAAAGGCGCAACUCCUCCAGCUCGGUCAGCAGCCGCCUCAGCAUCUAUGACAACGUGCCCGGCUCCAUCCUCUACUCCAGCACCAGCGACCUGGCCGACCUGGAAAACGAGGACAUGUUCCCAGAGCUGGACGACAUCCUGUACCACGUCAGAGGCAUGCAGAGGAUAGUGAACCAGUGGUCCGAGAAGUUCUCCGACGAGGGCGACUCCGACUCGGCGCUCGACUCCAUCUCCCCCUGCCCUUCCUCUCCAAAGCAGAUCCACCUGGAUGUGGACAACGAUCGGAUGACCCCCAGCGACCUGGACAGCACGGGCAAUUCUUUGAACGAAACGGAGGAGUCGGCAGGGAUGCAGGACAGGAGAGACUCUGGGGUGGGCGCAUCACUGACACGGUCCAGCAGGCACAAGCUGAGGUGGCACAGCUUCCAGAGCUCCCACCGGCCCAGCCUCAGCUCGGCAUCGCUGCAGAUCAGCUGCCAGUCGGUGGCACAGAUGAACCUGCUGCAGAAGUACUCGCUGCUGAAGCUGACUGCCCUGCUGGAGAGGUACACCCCGUCCAACAAGCACGGCUUCAGCUGGGCAGUACCAAAGUUUAUGAAGAGGAUAAAGGUGCCAGAUUACAAAGACAGGAAUGUGUUUGGAGUGCCACUGCAAGUCAACGUGCAGCGCAGCGGGCAGCCCCUGCCGCAGAGCAUCCAGCAAGCCAUGCGCUACCUCCGCAACCACUGCCUGGACCAGGUUGGGCUGUUCAGGAAAUCUGGAGUCAAGUCCAGGAUCCAGGCUCUGCGCCAGAUGAACGAGAACUGCCCAGACAGUGCCAGCUAUGAGGGGCAGUCUGCCUAUGAUGUGGCAGACAUGCUGAAGCAGUUCUUCCGUGACCUCCCGGAGCCCCUCAUGACCAACAAGCUCUCUGAGACCUUCUUGCAGAUCUACCAAUAUGUGCCCAAGGAUCAGCAUCUCCAGGCGAUCAAGGCUGCCAUUAUGCUUCUGCCCGAUGAGAACAGGGAGGUCCUUCAGAUUCUCCUCUAUUUCCUGAGUGAUGUCACAGCUGCAGUGAAGGAGAACCAGAUGACAACAACGAACCUGGCCGUCUGCUUAGCACCUUCCCUCUUCCACCUAAACACUGUCAAAAGGGAGAAUUCCUCCCCAAGGGUGAUGCAAAGGAAGCCAAGCCUGGGGAAGCCUGAUCAGAAAGACCUGAAUGAAAACCUGGCUGCAACCCAGGGGCUAGCUCAUAUGAUUGCUGAGUGCAAGAAGCUCUUCCAGAUUCCUGAAGAAAUGAGCAGGGGCCGGAACUCGUACACGGAGCAGGACCUGCGGCCCCUCAGCCUGGAGGAGCUGCGGGGAGGCGGCAGCAGCACCGAGCCCUCCGACUACCACUGCUACCUCCAGGACUGCGUGGACGACUUGCUGAAGGAGAUGAAGGAGAAGUUCAAAGGCUGGGUCAGCUGCUCCACCGCAGAGCAGGCGGAGCUGGCCUACAAGAAGGUCUGUGAGGGUCCCCCCCUGCGGCUGUGGAAAGCCUCCAUCGAAAUCCCUGCUCUGCCAGAGGAUGUUCUGAAUCGCUUACUGAAAGAGCAGCACCUUUGGGAUGAGGAUCUCAUAGACUCCAAAGUCAUCGAGCCUCUGGACAGCCAGACAGACAUCUACCAGUACGUGCAGCACAGCAUGGCACCUCAGCCAGCCAGGGACUUCGUGGUGCUGAGGACAUGGAGGACAAACUUCCCCAAAGGAGCCUGUGUGCUUCUAGCAACCUCAGUGGACCAUGAGCGUGCUCCGGUGGCAGGCGUCAGAGCCAACGUGCUGCUGUCGCGGUACCUGAUUGAGCCCUGCGGGUCAGGAAAAUCCAAGCUCACCUACAUGUGCAGGAUUGAUUUAAGGGGCCACAUGCCAGACUGGUACACCAAGGCUUUUGGACACUUGUGUGCCUCUGAAGUGGUUAAGAUACGAGACUCCUUCAGUCAUCAGAGUCCUGAGGGCAAGGAAGUUAAAUCCAGGUGACUACUGAAGAGGAACAGCCACCAGCUCCACCCCUCAGCGCCGCAGUCGGUCCCCAGAGCUGAGGCUGCUGAGCCACGGCGUGGAGGGAUGGCAGCACCAGCGCCGGGCUGCGGGACUCCGGCCGUGCCGUACGCCUUGAAGCUGCUUCCUGUCUGUGUAGGGUCUAUAGUGUAGACCUCGACUGGAAUCCCUAGGACCGUGCAAAAGGAAAGUCUUGUCCUGCAGCUGGUGUGAACAGAUGCUUUGAAUUGCUUCUGAGAAGCAGAAGUCUUUAAAUGCAACCUAGAGGGUGCAAGGCGGUGAAGGCUGCUGGUUGCCGCCGCAGCGCUUGGCUCGGUGCACAGAGCCGAGGGGCUGCAGCAGGGGGAGGGGCUGGUGUAUCCACUGGAGUAGUUGGUACUCUUCAAUGUGUGCUCACUGAGACGAGCAGAGAAAGGUUUGCACAGAGAUUCAGGUGUGAGUGUGUUCAUGGUUGAAAGGACAGCAGAAGUGUCUGGUACACUGAUGGGCAGCCAGGGUGGCUUGGAGCGUGCUGGGUGCAGUUCAGCCUAGAAGGGGCCUGCCCUGUGGACCAGGAGUCGCCAUCCUCCGCCUCUGCAUUUUCCUCAGUUCUGACCUCGUUAAAACCCCUAAACAGACGUUGCUAGAGGCCUGCCCUGCUCGCUGCCCUCUCAGCCAGACGGUGGUGUAGGAGUGCUUCGCCAGCGUGUAGCAAUGUUAAACGUGAAGCACUCCUGAGCAGUGCAGCAGCUGAGCAGGGAAGGGUCCCCGCAGCAGCACGGAGAGACAGCGGCGGCAGCUCUGCACUGGCCACUACGUGCUGGCUGCUUUACUCCCACCUGCACUGACUACAAGUGUCUGAAGGAGCUUUUCCUAUUUCACUGUACCCUAACAGCUGGGAGAAAAUUCAGCACUGGAGCUGUGGUGCUGAGAGGUGGCAGAGCUCCUGCAGCAGGUGGUGGGGUGAGGUGGCCAAGAGGAGCCUCCGGAGCGCACUGCCGGUCCCCCUCCUUGUUAGGCUGCACUCUAACACAAACAGGACCUCGCUGGGAGCGACUUGGAGAGUGCUGGUUUGGGGCAGAGGUGAGGAGGGUGGGGAGGGGGCUUGCUGGGUUUUAAACCCUGUAGGCUGUCCACCCCCCCGGCAUGAACUAUAGGAAGUCUGAGGUCCUCUGGAAGGUGUCUUUCCACAAGCUUUGCUGUCAGGUGCAGUGUGGUGAUAGGUGUGUCCUGUGGCUGGGGUGUGAAUGAGGUGCAAGAUGGAAUUCUGACUGAGACUUGGUUACCAUUGUCAGUAUUAUUUGAAGCUUUUGGAUGAAGAUGUUUGGUUUUUUUAUUCAGGCAAAUAAUGUAGUCCUUGCAGUAAGUGUUCCUCCCCGGCAGGGAACCCUUCUAUGCUCCUCUGCAGCCAGCAGCCUCGACUGUGUAAAGUUGUGUGUUGUACAUAGCCUCCCCUUGUAACCAUGGAUCCUGCCCACAGUGUACUGGCAGGUGUAGGUAAGGCAUGGUAAAGAUUAUUUAAACAGACCUGUAUUUAUACCUCAGAUAUUCUCCCUGGGUUUUGUACCUCAACAGCUACGUUUUCUAUUGUAAAUGUGCUCCACGGGACUCCGGGCUGCAGGAGGCAAAGGAAGAUGUUUAACUUGCUAGAGAUGUCUGUACAGAAUAUACUCAAUAAGUGCACUAUUAAAUGGUUACAAACGGC